AUGGUCCCAAUCAGCAUCCUGAAAUGGCUCGACGCUGCAAGACCAAGACCUGGUGUUAUGUUAUCCAGGGACGCUUCCAAGCCAGUCAUGGGCCGUCUUUUGGCUGGACAAGGCGGCGCCUUGCCUGGGGAAGCCCUGUUCAAGGCGGUGCACUGUAGAUAUGCACUGUACUGUAUGUUGUCUGUACAUUGCAUUGGAGGCGGCAGCAUGACGGGAACCAUCUUUUCCGAGGACCAGGGCUCCCGUUCGCCUGGUACUGCAGCCUGGAUGGAUGCCGUUGCGGUGGAAGGGUUUCUCGUUUCUUUUCCCUCAGGGACACUAUGCUAG